UGUCGCCCGUCAUGACAGCCAGCAGAAGCUUAGCAGUGUGCACUGUGCAGUACAAACUCUGCCCUACAUCGCACAGACACCAGAACCUUUCGUUCUCACCGCCGAACAAUCACGUGUACCGGCUCGGCAUCGUUUAUUCUCCUUCUCAUGAAUUGAAAUGCUCAGUUUAUCUCGAGAACUACAGCGAAACAGCUCGCCCUGCCUCCUGAACGGCUGAUAUUAUUAGUCGCCAUUGCGCGGUCGAUGUUAUUAAGAGCGUCUCGACUCGCUUCACUGCGCGUUCCCGUACAGUAUUUGUCUUUGGAUAGAUCGCUAGAGGCGGACGCUCUGUGAUUUUGUUUACAGUGGGAACAAGAAGGACGCCUCGCGUAAAGCCAUUAUUAUCAGACGUGACCCGCGACAGUACACCGACACGCGCAACUAUGUUCGAAACCAGAGGAAUUCCCUUUAUAUUGCUUGACAUCGCGUGCCUGAUUCUUGCUGGGCUCCCGCUUGCGGCGUUUAACCUGGGUAAAAUCAAACCGUAUCAGCGGGGCUUUUUCUGUAAUGACGAGAGCAUCAGCUAUCCCUUCCACAACAGCACGGUCACCUCCACCGUGCUUUACACAGUGGGCUUCACACUUCCCAUAUGUGGUAUGAUCAUAGGGGAAUGCCUUUCUGUAUAUCUAAACCGCAUCAAAUCAAAAUCAUUCUGCAACGGUUAUGUGGCCUGUGUCUAUAAGGCCAUCGGCACUUUUGUGUUCGGUGCCGCCAUAAGUCAGUCGCUCACGGAUAUCGCCAAGUAUUCCAUCGGCCGGUUGAGGCCACACUUCCUGGACAUAUGCAAGCCGGACUGGACGCAGAUUAACUGUACGGGAGGGGCUUACAUCGAGGACUUCGUCUGCAAGGGGGAUGCAACUAAAGUCAACGAGGGCAGGCUCUCGUUCUACUCGGGUCACUCCUCGUUCUCCAUGUACUGUAUGCUGUUCCUGGCACUCUAUCUUCAAGCGCGAAUGCAGGCCGAAUGGGCUCGGCUCCUGCGACCCACACUGCAGUUCUUCCUGAUCGCCGCAACCGUCUACACGGGACUGUCCCGCGUCUCCGAUUAUAAACAUCACUGGAGUGACGUCCUCACGGGCCUCAUACAAGGAGCCAUCGUGGCUUUAUUAGUGGUGUUUUUCGUGUCAGACUUCUUCAAAAAGCGAGUAGAACCGCAGAAAGAGACUGAGAUUCCACACACCACCUUACAAGAGACGCCUACCAAUGGAAACCAUUACGACAGCCCAAACUAAGCUAUCUGGAAUCCCCGUCACGAGACCCACAGAGGUUUAAGUGCGCACCCACUACGAGGGCAGACCACUAAGGUGGAAACCUGUGAAUGUAACUUUGCUUUGUGUUCUCUAAGCCCCCCGCUGUGGGGGUCGGUCCGUUUAUGGAUGCUGAUCCACGUUGCCUUGGCUGGAUUGCUGCUGCUGCUGCUACCACAGCUUCCUGUGUAUCUCUCGAAACUAAUAUAAGUGUACCUCUAUGAAGCCACAAGAAAGAAACUUUUUUAUCUCAUGAAAAUCACUAUACAGACUUUUUUAUUAAAAAAACGAUAAAACUGUAUGUACAA